AUGAAAGGAGUGGCCUAUGACUUGAUUGGUAGUUUCGAGGUUCAUAGCGAAAAUCAAAGAAGAAGAAUUAGAUGGAAAUUUAUCAAGAUUAAACAAGGGAAAUCGAUAAACAUCACGUUGGUUAUCACCAGUUAUCAAUUUGCGGGUAAUAUGAAUCAAGAACGCUGUGAAAAAGAUUUCUUGUUAUCGCGCUUUAGUUGA